AAAGAAAAAGCUGAUGUUUGCUGGAACAUCUCAAUGGAUGUGAAACAGGAGACCUGUGAUGUGGACGCAAAUAUCAUGGAGAAAACUGUCAAUAUUAAGGAGGAGGACGACUGUGAGUGGGAGUCCAUCUACCUUAAACAGGAAAGUCUGAGCAUCAAGGAGGAGGACAGUGAACUGCAGCCAAUGGGCAUUAAAGAAAAACCAGAAGAGAAGUCUGUCAGUAUUGAGACACAUAACCAUACAAAUAUGGACAGUGUAAAAGAAGACAAUCUUAAUGAUGGGUGUCAAGAUGGAGUGGUGACCAGGUUAGACUCUUCUCAUAGCAGACACUGUUCAUCUCCAGAGCCUUCUAUCAAUGUGAAGUCUGAAUCAUUAGAGUCUGAACCAAAGAGGGCUGAGGGAACUACAUUUGUUAGAGCUCAGAAAAAUAAGCAACCACCUUCAAAGAAGUCUGGAAAAAGAAAGAAAGAUCACUGCAGUGUGGAAUGUGGCAGAGAAUUCUCUAACAGGAGUGCUCUUCAGAAACACCUGAGAGUUCACACCGGAGAGAAGAAAUAUUGCUGUAAUGAAUGUGGUAAACAGUUUUCACAAAUGAGCCAUCUUCAGAUACACACGAGAGUUCACACCGGAGAGAAGCCAUAUUGCUGUAAUGAAUGUGGUAAACAGUUUUCACAUAAAGGCAAUCUUCAGCAACAUAUGAGAAUUCACACCGGAGAGAAGACAUAUUGCUGUAAUGAAUGUGGUAAACAGUUUUCACGUAUAAGCAGUCUGAGGGACCACACUAGAGUUCACACUGGAGAGAAGCCAUAUUGCUGUAAUGAAUGUGGUAAACAGUUUUCAGAGAUGGGCAAUCUUCAGAGACACACUAGAGUUCACACUGGAGAGAAGCCAUAUUGCUGUAAUGAAUGUGGUAAACAGUUUUCAGAGAUGGGCAGUCUACAGAGACACACUAAAGUUCACACUGGAGAGAAGCCAUAUUGCUGUAAUGAAUGUGGUAAACAAUUUUUACAGAGGGGCAGUCUACAGCAACACGUGAGAGUUCACACUGGAGAGAAGCCAUAUUGCUGUAAUGAAUGUGGUAAACAGUUUUCACACAGGGCCUGUCUACAGAAACACACGAGAGUUCAUACUGGAGAGAAGCCAUAUUGCUGUAAUGAAUGUGGUAAACAGUUUUCAGAGAUGAGCAGUCUUCAGAGACACACUAGAGUUCACACCGGAGAGAAGCCAUAUUGCUGUAAUGAAUGUGGCAAACAGUUUUCAGAGAUGAGCAAACUUCACAGACACACUAGAGUUCAUACCGGAGAGAAGCCAUAUUGCUGUAAUGAAUGUGGCAAACAGUUUUUAGAGAUGAGCAAACUUCACAGACACACUAGAGUUCAUACCGGAGAGAAGCCAUAUUGCUGUAAUGAAUGUGGUAAACAGUUUUCACUAAAAGGCAAUCUUCAGAAACACACGAGAGUUCACACUGGAGAGAAGCCUUAUUGCUGUAAUGAAUGUGGCAAACAGUUUUCACAAAAAGUUGAUCUUCAGAACCACACGAGAGUUCACACUGGAGAGAAGCCUUAUUGCUGUAAUGAAUGUGGUAAACAGUUUUCACAUAUGGGCAGUCUUCACAAACACACAAGAGUUCACACUGGAGAGAAGCCAUAUUGCUGUAAUGAAUGUGGCAAACAGUUUUCACAAAAAGAUGAUCUUCAGAAACACACGAGAGUUCACACUGGAGAGAAGCCAUAUUGCUGUAAUGAAUGUGGUAAACAGUUUUCAGAGAUGGGCAGUCUACAGAGACACACUAGAGUUCACACCGGAGAGAAGCCAUAUUGCUGUAAUGAAUGUGGCAAACAGUUUUCAGACACGAGCAAUCUUCAGAGACACUCUAGAGUUCACAUCGUAGAGAAGCCAUAUUGCUGUAAUGAAUGUGACAAACAGUUUUCAGCGAUGAGCAGUCUUCAGAAACACAAUAGAGUUCACACCGGAGAGAAGCCAUAUUGCUGUAAUGAAUGUGGUAAACAGUUUUCACAUAUGAGCAGUCUUCACAAACACACGAGAGUUCACACUGGAGAGAAGCCAUAUUGCUGUAAUGAAUGUGGCAAACAGUUUUCACAAAAAUUCAAUCUUCAGAAACACACGAGAGUUCACACUGGAGAGAAGCCAUAUUGCUGUAAUGAAUGUGGCAAACAGUUUUCAGACUUGAGCAAUCUUCAGAAACACACUAGAGUUCAUACCAGAGAGAAGACAUAGUGCUGUAAUGAAUGUGGCAAAGUUUUCACAAAUGGACAGUCUGCAGAAACACACAAGAGUUCACACUGGAGAGAAGACAUAGUGCUGUAAUGAAUGUGGCAAACAGUUUUCACAAAUGGACAGUCUGCAGAAACACACAAGAGUUCACACUGGAGAGAAGACAUAGUGCUGUAAUGAAUGUGGCAAACAGUUUUCACAAAUGGACAGACUGCAGAAACACACAAGAGUUCACACUGGAGAGAAGCCAUAUUGCUGUAAUGAAUGUGGUAAACAGUUUUCACAGAUAGUCAGUCUGCAGAUACACACGAGAGUUCACAACAGAAUAAAAA